AUGCGCCGCGUCCUUCGGCUGCUCCUCGGCUGCUUCCUUACCGAGCUGUGCGCCCGCGUGUGCCGGGCGCAGGAACGAGCGGGGCACGGGCAGCUGGCGCAACUGGGCGGCGUGCUGGUGCUGGCAGGCAGCAACCGCUCCGGGGCCGCCUCCGGAGAGGCUGGCGAGGGCGCGGGGGUCUCGGACGCACCCCCGACCCGGGCGCCCACACCGGACUUCUGCCGGGGCUACUUCGAUGUCAUGGGCCAGUGGGACCCGCCGUUCAACUGCAGCUCGGGCGACUUCAUUUUCUGCUGCGGGACUUGUGGCUUCCGGUUCUGCUGCACGUUUAAGAAGCGGCGACUGAACCAAAGCACCUGCACCAACUACGACACGCCGCUCUGGCUCAACACAGGCAAGCCCCCCGCGCGCAAGGACGACCCCCUGCACGACCCCACCAAGGACAAGACCAACCUGAUCGUCUACAUCAUCUGCGGGGUGGUGGCCGUCAUGGUACUCGUGGGUAUCUUUACCAAGCUGGGGCUGGAGAAGGCGCACCGGCCCCAAAGGGAGCACAUGUCCAGGGCUCUUGCGGAUGUCAUGCGGCCACAGGGCCACUGCAACACAGACCCCAUGGAAAGAGACCUUAAUAUUGUUGUCCACGUCCAGCAUUAUGAAAACAUGGAUGCAAGGACCCCCAUAAAUAACCUUCACACCACCCAGAUGAACAACGCAGUGCCCACCUCUCCUCUGCUCCAGCAGAUGGGCCACCCGCAUUCAUAUCCCAGCCUGGGCCAGAUCUCCAACCCCUAUGAGCAGCAACCACCUGGCAAAGAACUCAACAAGUACGCCUCCUUAAAGGCAGUCGGAAGUUGUGAUGGUGACUGGGCAGUGGCGACACUUAAGUCACCCAAAGCCGACAAGGUCAAUGAGGACUUCUACUCCAAGCGACGGCACCUGGCUGAGCUGGCUGCCAAGGGGAACCUACCCCUGCACCCCGUGAGAGUGGAGGAUGAGCCGCGGGCCUUCAGCCCUGAGCAUGGGCCCGCCAAACAGAAUGGACAGAAGUCCCGCACCAAUAAGAUGCCCCCACACCCGCUGGCCUACAACUCCACCACCACCAACUUUAAGGGCUGGGACCCCAAUGAGCAGUCUCUCCGGCGGCAGGCUUACGGCAACAAGGGCAAGCUGGGCACGGCCGAGUCAGGCUCCAGCGACCCCUUGGGAACUCGCACUCAGCACUACCCACCCCCACAGCCAUACUUCAUCACCAACAGCAAAACGGAAGUGACUGUCUGAGCUUUCACUGCAGGGAGCAUCCUGGAGACCAUACUCAACUGAGAGAGGCAAAAAAUAUCCCGGCCCACACCCUCCCUCUCCUCCCUUAUACAUGCACCCACACUCACACUCUCCGCCCGAACCGAUUACAAACCUGCCGGUGAUACGGAAUCACGCUUUCCCUGCGUCAUGCCUAACACGUGUCUGCGGGCAGCGGAGGAAGACCGAAGCAUGGACAUUCAGCAAUACAGGAAAGGGGAGACUGAGGCAUGCUCUUUCGAGUUCAGGCUCGAGAUGGCCGGCUUACAUGCCCAAACUAUGGGGCUAAGUUUUCUUUUCUUCUAACUUGAAACUGAAAUCCAUGGUGAAGAAACAAAAGUAGCACAAUUUAGAGAAAUUGACCAUUUGAGCACAUACACCAUUUGCCAUGCAGUGUCUAUUUCUGGGUUAAAGAGCCAAGGUGAAAGGAAGUAGAGCAUGGGGCUGAAUACAAGAGAAGAGUGCACUUUGGAAGAAGAGUUAUUUUGGGAGGAAGAUAUGCACAUAAUAAGCAUUUUCUAAUCCCAAGAAGUGGACACACAAUUUUGACAAGCAUGAGACAGUUGCUGGACCCCAACCAUUCUGUUUAUAUAACUUUUCAUAUCAUCAAUAUUGGAAGCAAAAAACAAUACACACAUGAACUCACAAAAAAUAACUAGACCCUGAACCCACCGACAGAGAUGGGAAGGAAGGAAAAUUUUAGAGAACUUCCAAAAAGACCAUGAUCCUGGAAAUGGAAGGUGUGGGCUUCCCUGGCGGGAGAGGGUCCAGAGAGUAUUGAAAAAAAAAAAACAAACUUUUUUUUUAAAGAAAAAUAAAAUUAUAAGCCCACUACAAAAUGAGAACAGCAAAUUAUGUCCAAAAUCUUGAAGACUUCAGAAAUCAACAAUGACAUUAGCAAAACAAAUUCCAUUGUUGGAAAAGUCUACAGGAGGUGAGAAGAGGACCCAGACAGAAGUCUUCAAUUUCUAGUGUUUCUCUCUCGCCUCUGAGACAGGAAACAGACACAGAAACAAGACCACUAUUAACUGUCUGUCCCUGACUUCCCUUCCCCUUCAGCUCAUUGCUGCCGCCGCUGCCGAACUUCAACUGCUUUGGACUGAAGAUGACUUAAGCGUGGGUGGUGCCUUCAAUGUGUUACUGUUGUUUAAUGAGUCUUGUUUCCCAAGUGCAACCUGUGUUCUUUUAGCCUUCCUCCCUCCUGUUCUUCUGCCGUAGCAGAUAUCUCUAUCCUUCCUUUCCUUGGUGAGCCCACCCUAUUAACACCCUCCAAGGGGGCUGCUGCAAAGCCAGGGGCUCUUGAGGACAAAGACUUUCUCCCUUUCCCCAUACUGUCAGCAUCCCUCAAGUCGUACCGUUUUCUAGCCCCCAAACCUGUCGUACAUUUUGGGCCAUAAUUCCCCUGGUUCCUCCAAGCCACCUCCCCAGAUAAAUCAACGCAUUCUCCCCCCAUCCAGAAUUUCCUGAGGUGGCUUUUCAGGUUGGUUCAUGUAGCCAACAGCCCUUGGUUGCCCCAAAGACAGACAAUUUUCCUAUGCUCUGUUCGUUUAGUAGAAGUCCAAAGAGGAGAGUUGAGGGAGAAAAGCUUUCAUUUAAGGUGAGCUGUUUUCAACCAGUCCUUAAGGGUGUUAGCUACGGAGCUGUGGUGGCUCAGCAGUUAAGCACUCAGCUGCUAACAGAAAUGUUGGUGUUUCAAACCCACCCAGCAGCUCCUCAGGAGAAAGACCUGGCAAUCUGCUCCUGUAAAGAUUACAGCCUAGAAAACCCUAUGAGGCAGUUCUACUCCAUCACAUGGGGUCGCUAUGAUUCAAAACUGGCUCAAUAGUACCUAAGAACAACAAGGGCUUUAGCUAAUAAAAAGGAACUGCUGAGAGACCCCCAGCUUCUCUGGGGCCAGAAGCUGCAAAUGAUCUGCUUGAACAAGACUCUGAGCAUUCCCCAGAAUCCUGAACCCCAACAUUCUGUGCUCCCUCAUUCACACCCAUCUCUUUUCCCUGGUGUCAUGGAUUCAGGGAAACCAAGUGUUUAUUCUCCUUCUUAUUCCCAGCUGGUCCGGGGAUACUGGCAAUGCCUUUUAUAUCUCUGGGUUCUAGUCUCUCUAUCUAGAACAUGGGGAUUUGAGGCUAGAUCAAGCUUUUUGAAGUGCAAAACCUCUGCCCAUUUUAAAACAAUGAAAUCUGACAACCCAUUAUAUAAAAUCCCCAUUUAUAAAGACGCCCUGUGCUUUCUGAAGCCAGGGUGGGAUAUUUAAACCCCCGCACUCCCCAGAGUGGAGUGAACACCAAUGGCCUU